UCAAAAGCCACUGUUAACUAACAGCAAAUGAAAUUGAGCUUUUCCAAUUCUCUGUUCCGGACAGGGGUUGCUGAAAAGGAGAUUUCUAUAAGCUUCAAAUAUGUGGAUGUCCUCUUGGAGUUAUAUCAUUUUAAUAACUUUGGCUAUUGCUUGUAUGGAUACAAUAGCAAAGAGUGCACCAUAUGCAAAACUUACAAACAAAUCUGAGGGAAAAGAGAUGAAGAGUCUGAAGCUAUCCAGUGUCCUUCUUCCAGAAGAAACUUCAUUCAAAGAAGCAGAUGAAAUAAUAGGACCAACCACCGACUCAGUCAUGGACCCUGUUUUCGGUACUGUCAAUCUCUUCCCCUUUGAAAACUACACUCUCAAUGCAACCAACUUCUUUUUCAAUUGCUGUGGUUGUUGUUCAUCUUUACCUGGUCAAAAAGGAGAACCUGGAGAAACUGGAAGGCCAGGACGUAAAGGUGAACGUGGAGACCAAGGAACAAGUGGAGUUCUAGGACACCCAGGAAAGCCUAGAGAUACAGGUGGAAUUGGUCCAAAGGGCGAUAAAGGAAACAUUGGAGUAUCAGAAGUGAAAGGACAAAAAGGCUUAAAGGGGGACACAUGUGCAAAUGGCACCAAAGGAGAGAAAGGAGACCAAGGAGCUACAGGUUUACCAGGAUUGAUUGGAAAACCUGGGGCCAGAGGAGAGAAAGGAGAGGCUGGAGUGAAGGGCUACUGUGGAAAUUCUGGGGAGAAGGGUGGGAAAGGAGAAAAAGGUGAAGAGGGGGUGAAAGGAGAAAAAGGCAGUAAAGGAGACUUUGGUAUGGAAGGAAAAAGUGGCCCACCUGGUCUUCCUGGGGCCCAAGGUGAUUCUGGAGUUAAAGGAGAAAAGGGAGAGUAUGGGCUUCCUGGUCCUAUGGGACCCAUGGGGCCAAAGGGUGAGCUUGGAAGCAAAGGGGUCCGAGGAUCUAUAGGGAAGAAGGGAUCUCGAGGUCUCAAAGGCUCCAAGGGAGAAGUUGCCAGGGUUAUGCAAUCUGCUUUCAGUGCUGCUUUAUCAAAGCCUUUAUCUCCUCCCAAUGUCCCUAUCAAAUUUGACAGGGUUUUCUACAACGACCAAGGGAAUUACAACCCAUUGACUGGGAAAUUUAACUGUAGUAUUCCUGGUGCAUAUGUUUUCUCCUACCAUGUCACUGUGAGGAGCAGACCUGCUACGGUCAGUCUGGUGGCCUGGAAUAAAAAACAGUUUAAGUCCAGAAAACCCCUCUAUGGCCAUGAAAUAGACAGGGCCUCUCUCCUAACUGUACUGAAAUUAAGUGCAGGGGACCAAGUCUGGCUGGAAGUUUCAAAAGAUUGGAAUGGGGUGUACGUCAGCACUGAGGAUGAUAGUAUUUUUACAGGAUUCCUUUUGUAUCCAGAGGAAAUACCUUGAAUUUCACCAUAAACUUGUGUCAUGAACACUGUAGUAAUUUGCAUACAGUGGAAUAAGCCAUGUAGCAUAGGGUAAUGAUUUAAAAAUGAUACUUGUACACAAAUUUUGGGUGAUAUUUUCAAUUAAUAAAAGUACUCUUACUA